UCGAGAAAUGGAGCGGCCGCUGGAGUCUUACGCUCGGGGAAAGUUUUAGCUUUUUUGAGGUCUAUUUUCGCGGCAGAGGAGCGUCGUUAUGGCUUCUGAUAAGCGGGUGUUCAGCUUAGAUGCCCCGCACGGACCUGGAGGGGUGUUCUUCACGUGGCAAAAAGCAUCUGGCGGAUUCCUGGCCACGACUGGAUACAACCAGGUGGUUAACAUUUAUGACCGACAUGGGAAUCUCAGAGAACAAAUCCAUUUACCUGGAGUGUGUUCGGGCUUCGGUUGGGAUAAAGAUGGUGCCCUUCUCUCCAUUAUCAAUGACAGAUCUCCACUGGUACAUGUCUGGGAUGCAAAUUCUGGCCGGGUACAACAUCUGGACUCUGGACUACGAGACACACUCACCUUCUUGGCCUGGUCUCGGACGGCUCCUCUUCUUGCUGUCGGCACUGCUAAGGGAAACCUCAUGAUCUACAACCAUCAAACGUCAAGGCGGAUCCCAGUGGUGGGUAAGCAUAGCCGUAAAAUCCAGAGUGGAUGUUGGUCAUCUGGCAACCUCCUUGCCCUUGGUGGCGAGGAUAAGAUCCUGACCAUCAGCAGUAGCGAGGGAGACACUCUGCGCACCUCUCCACUUCGAGGGGAACCUUCUGACAUCCAGUUUUCAGAGAUGAAACAGGAUGAGAGAGCAAUGACGGAGAAUACGGUGAGCCUUAUUGUGGCUAAAAAGACCCUGUUUUUAUACAACCUCAAUGACCCAGAAAAUCCUAUUGAAUUAGCCUUUCAGAACAGAUAUGGCAGCAUUGUGGCUUACAAAUGGUAUGGUGAUGGGUAUAUUCUCCUUGGAUUCUCAGGUGGAUAUUUUGUGGUUAUAUCCACACACUUGAAAGAGAUUGGUCAGGAGCUCUUUCAGGCCAAGAAUCAUCGUGACGUUCUUACGGACAUAGCCAUAUCCACUACCCUGAGCAAGGCUGCCUCAUGCGGAGAUAAUGUUAUCAAGAUCCAUGAACUUGCCGACCUGAAGGAGACUUUUUCCGUCAUCACUCUAGAUGAUGAGAGAGGCUUAGAGUGGCUUGAGUGGUCCGAUGAUGGCCAGUUGUUAGCUGUGGCUACUCCGGCAGGAAAUAUUCAUGUGUACUUGACAAAGUUACCUGUUCUGGGAGGUGCUCAUGGAACUAGAGUGGCUUACCUCACCUCUCUGUUAGAAGUCACAGUAUCCAAUAUUGUGGAGAAAGAGCACCCAGUGACAGUGAGUGUGGAUGUCGAACCGAAUUUCCUGGGUGUUGGUCCUUAUCACCUCAUGGUGGGCAUGAACAACCGUGCAUGGAUAUAUACCCUUGGGGAAGAUACCACAAUGCUACUUCGUGACCGAGAGUACCUGGGUACUAUAAGCUCUGUCCGGGUGAACACGGAUUACGCAUCUGUUCUCUACGAGGGCAAGAUACAGUUUCAUUUGCUGGAGGGGGAGACUGGAGAAGAUGAGGAAAGGGAAUCACGACUCUUCCCAGGGAAUGAUCAGGCAGAGAUGCACAUCACAGACCAUGCCCUGACAGCUGAUUUUCUCAUAUAUGCUUCAGAUAAUGGGGGAAUAUAUUUCUUCUUCAUUGAGGACUGGCGCAUUGUUAGCGACUAUCGCCACACUUCGGGAAUCAAGAACAUAUAUGCUGAACCCUCUGGGCGACGGAUUGUAUUAGUCGACGAGAAAGGGGAAGGAUAUAUAUAUAAUCCAGUGGCAGAUGAUCUCCUUGAGAUUCCUGAGUUUCCGGGGUCCUGCAAAGGAUGCCUGUGGGAGAACUAUCCCAGUGACCGGCAUGUCUUCAUUCUUUAUGAUGAAAAGCAACUGUAUACAUACAUCCUUCAUCAGGAACAUAUCAAAGGCAAUCAUGUUGAACUAGUGGGCAUGACUAAAAUUCCCCCAAGUCAAGUUCCCCUGUUGCUCUAUAAUGGGGAGGUGACUCUUCAAACUGCCUCUGGAAGGACAGCUCCUCUCAUCCUUUCAUCUCAUGAAAUGGAGGCAAACAUUCAUGACUACUCCCAUGAACAACUGCGCACAGCACUCAAGAAGAAUAUUUCUCUCAGAAGAUUCAAGGAUGCAAGUGCCAUCUGCCAAGUGCUAAACAAUAAGGAAGACUGGGUGGUGCUAGGAAAGGCUUGCCUCUGGUGCAUAAAUCUGGAUCUUGCCAUACGAGUGUACCGCCAGCUGGGUGAUGUGGGAAUGGUAUGGUCACUGCAAAGCCUAAUGGAUAUUGAGGAUCCAAAGUUGUUGAGUGGACAUUUGGCAAUGUAUCUUGGUGACUUCAACACAGCUCAGGAAUUGUACCUGAGCUCCAGCACUCCUGUAGCGGCUUUGGAGAUGCGCAGAGACUUGCUUCACUGGGACCAGUCCCUUCAUCUGGCUAAGAAAUUGGCUCCAGACCAGAUCCCAUACAUCUCAAGGGAGUAUGCACAGCAGCUCGAGUUUACAGGCGACUACCCAGGAGCACUGACACACUACGAAAGGGGAGUUGUGAAUACAGGUGGAUCAGAAGAACACAAUUCUGCAUGCAAAGCCGGCAUUGCGCGAACAGCUCUUCGAUGUGGCGACAUUAGGCGCGGUGUCAACAUUGCUGCCGAGAUGAAUUCCAGGAUGCUGAAGAAGGAGUGUGCAGAGAUUCUUGAGAAUAAAAAGCAAUAUGCAGAUGCAGCAGUACUGUAUGAAAGUGGCAACUACCAUGAGAAAGCAGCAAGUCUGUACAUACGAUUGAAGAACUGGUCGAAAGUUGGGCAGCUGCUGGUCAAUAUCAACUCACCAAAAAUGCAUCUACAGUAUGCGAAAGCCAAGGAAGCAGACGGCCAGUACAGAGAGGCAGCCACGUAUUAUGAGUCGGCAAGAGACUAUGAGUCAGUCAUCCGUCUCCUUCUGCACAACCUCAAUUCUCCCGAAGAAGCAGUACGGAUCGUCCGAGAGACCAAGAGUGUGGAAGGGGCCAAGAUGGUAGCCAGAUUCUUCCAGAAGUUGAAUGACUACAGUUCAGCCAUCCAAUUCCUGGUACUCUCCAAGUGCACAGAUGAGGCAUUCCAGCUGGCACGCACACAUGGGAAGAUGGAGUUGUAUGCAGACAUCUUAGGCUCAGAUGCCACACCAGAAGACUACAAGAGUGUGGCACUUCAUUUUGAUAAUGAACGCAACCACUUCUUGGCCGGGAAGUUUUACUAUUUGUCUGGAAAUUAUCCAAAGGCAGUGAAACAUCUGAUAAGGGCAGCUCAAAGUUCGGGAAGCGAGGACACAGAGAGCAUUCAGCUUGCUAUUGACGUGAUUGCAGCUGCGAAUGAUGAUGGUUUGACACGACAACUGAUUGACUUUUUGAUGGGAGAGAUUGAUGGGAUCCCAAAAGAUGCCAAGUUCCUUUUCCGACUGUAUAUGGCCAAGAAGCAGUACAAAGAAGCAGCUAAAACAGCUAUUAUCAUUGCAAGGGAGGAACAGAAUUCAGGCAAUUAUCGCCAUGCUCAUGAUGUGCUCUUCGGGAUGUAUGGAGAACUAAGGCGACAGAAGCUGAAGAUUCCUGCUGACAUGAGGUCGGCUCUGUUGCUGCUGCAUUCCUAUACCUUAGCAAGGCUCCAUGUCCGUCGGGGAGACCAUCUCAAGGCAGCCAGGAUGCUCAUUAGAGUGGCCAACCACAUUUCUAAAUUCCCUGCACACAUGGUCCCUAUUUUGACAUCUACCGUCAUUGAGUGCCAGAGAUCAGGACUGAAAAAUUCAUCGUUCAACUUUGCUGCCAUGCUGAUGCGACCUGAAACACGAGGGCAGAUUGACGAGAAGUACAAGAAGAAGAUCGAGGCCAUUGUGCGAAAACCUCAGCGUACAGAGGAAGAUGAGCCCAGCUCUCCAUGCCCGUACUGCUCAAGCCCUGUGGAAGAGACAGUUCUGGAGUGUGGCCAGUGUCAGAACACAUUGCCAUACUGCAUUGCAACGGGACGACACGUGCUAUCGGAUGACAUCACAUUCUGCCCAGAUUGCAAGUUCCCGGCUAUCAGGACGGAACUCAUGAAAAUGGCAGAGGAUGGUGAGGACUGUCCCAUGUGCAGUGCAGGGCUUGAAUUGGAUAAACUUGCAUUGGCUACCAACUGGAAGUCUAUUGUUGAUGCAGAAAGUGAAGAUUAAAUUGCAGUUGAUACUUACAGAUGAAAUAUACAUAUAUAAAUAUGUAUGUCCACACACAUGUAUGCAUGUAUACACGCGUGUACGCAUGAGAGCGCGCACGCGCACACACACAAACACAGACACACACAGACACAGACACAGACACAG